GAAGACCUGAAGAUUCUGAACAUAAACACAAGCUCUCUGACGCAACUGGACUACCUCUGGACAGGCUGAGUGGAGGAGUGGUCUCGCAGCCAUGAAUGGAGGUGUGCUUUUUGCAUUGUCCACACUGAUACUGGUCCCUGCAGCCUUCCCUUGUCCUAAGGAGUGCUCAUGUGAUAGACAAGCCAAGGUGGUGGACUGUCAAGGGCAGGGCUUGUACGACAUUCCUAACGAGCUACAUCCUGAAACACUGGAGCUAUACCUUCAGAAUAACCAUAUACGAGGCAUCAGCUCCACGGCUUUCCGGGAAAUGCCACAGCUCCAAGUUCUAAACUUGGCCAACAACUCCAUCACCAUGAUCUCGCCCAGGGCCCUCCUGGAACUUAGGGGCUUGAGAAGCCUCAUCCUGGCCAACAACUCAAUCCGGGAGUUGAACCGCCGUCUUUUAGGUUCAGCACUGAACUUAACUCAGUUGGACCUCUCUUAUAACAACAUAGCUGGGCUCCCUGGAGCACUAGCAGAUAGCUUCCACCAUCUAACUCACCUGUCGCUGCACUAUAACCGCCUGACCAAGUUGGACCGCACUCAUCUGGAAGCCCUGGAGACCCUUGAGGUGCUGCACUUGAGGGGGAACCCCUGGAAGUGUGACUGUCAGAUGAUAGGACUCAAGCUAUGGCUGGAGACAUUCGCUUUUAAAGGUGGUGUGGUGGAUGCCGUGGCAUGCACCUGGCCUGACGCCAUGCAGGAGCGCGACCUCCGCCACGUGCCCUACGAGCUCUUCCACGCCUGCAUGACCACCAGCUACAGCUACCUGUUCGCCAACAUCCACCACCUGGAUGGUCAGCGCCACCCUCUCCAUGGCCCCCAGCCCUGGCCCAGCCCGAAGGCACCUACCGGGCCCGAGCUUGGGCUGUCGGCAGGCAUGCCCAUGCAGGACUGCGAGGCCAAGCAGAAGCCGCGGGCGGUGAGCCUGCGGCACGCCAUCGCCACGGUGGUGAUCACCGGCGUGGUGUGCGGCAUCGUGAUCCUUAUGAUGCUGGCUGCUGCCAUCUACGGCUGCACCUACGCUGCCGUCAUGGCCAAGUACCAUCGCCAGUUAAAGAAGCAGCAAAAGCAGGCGGGUGAAGAAGUAGAGGCGGGGGCCCUGGGCAGGGAGGAAGACAAGGAACCACUGGAGAAUGCCAUAGCAUGAGCUGGAGCAUGGGAGAGAUGCACUAAUACCCAUAAAUCUCAUAAGCACCAUACAUAUCGUGAAAAACGGGCACUCACAAAACAAAUGUUUUUAGAAAUGCACCCAACCGCACACAGACACACAUUCAUGCACAUCCACACAGACACACAUGCCACAUGGGCAGACAUACAUUAUAUUUACUUACACUACACACAUAAAGACCACACAAAGCUACAAAACAGAAGGUUCUGGACGGAACUCUUGCCAAGGCUCUGGCUUCUCUAAUGGAUGAGCAACAGCACACACUCUUCUCUGUCCUUUAUUUCAAUAUAUCAUUUAUAAAAGGGAAUUUGGACAGGACUUCCAAAAAUGAGAAGAGACAACUUCUACAAUACAGAGUAUUUUUCUAACAUGAUUUCUGUAGAUAUGGUAGGCCAAAGACACCAUACAUAUAUACAUUUCAGUAACUUCAAAUUGUAUACCUAAUGACUCAGAUACUGAUAAUUUCUGAGUCCAGUGAAAGCACAUUUACAGCAAUACAUACUGAUUAAUGUUGUGGAUUUCAGUUUCUGGUUGGACAAUUUGAACAUGUGCCUAUCAGGGUUUGACUGGUCGAGCAGGCAACUGCUAGAUGUUCUUGUUUGGUGUUUCUGCAUGUAUGUGCAGGGAAGGGGGGGAGGGGUGACAAAGCCCAGAAUUAUUUUUCAAGUUCAUUUCAGUAAAAUUAUAAUCUGGGUAUUAGCAUAUUUUGUGCCUAAAUAUGCAUAAAGAAAAUUUACAUAUGCACUUAGAAAACCAUGGAUAUCACGAUUCAUAUGCAGGUCUUGUGAAGAGUUGGAUUGUGGAUUUGAGUAUUUGAAGCUACCUCCCACCUUCACACACAUAGAGACUGCAAAAGGAGGUGUGAAGGACAUGGACAAGGAUGUCUGAAUUUAACAUCUUAUAUAAGAAAACAGUGGGCUUCUAACCAGCACGUAUACACACAUGUACACACACAUACACACACACACAUACAUACACACACACACACAAAUAUGUACAUCACAUGGUGCUUACAAUAACAACAUGAAAACAGCCUGCAACCAAGACUGCUCAAAUCAGAGAUCUACUGCCAGACACAUCCUCACCCACCCCAGCUACCAUGGGAGUGUGAUGUUAUCAGGUUGUCGGGUUGUGUUAGUGCUAGCAAAUGCUUGUAAGGAGACAACUCACUGGGCAGUCAUGAAACCCAUCCUCUGACUGGACGACACAAAAUCAUCAAAUCAGAGAGAGAGAGACAGACACCUCCAAAUGAAUGGUGGAAUAUAUUUUAUAAGUUCACUCAGAAAAAAAAAUCUAUGCAAAAAUCUACUUUUAAUGAGAGAUUCAAUUAGGGAUAGCUAUAAGAUUUGUGUGAAAGCAUAUGUUUGUAAAUACAUUUUUGUUCAUGUUAACAGAUAUGCUGAUAUGGAGUAUACAUUGAAAAUGUAUACGUAUGUAUGUAUAUAUGUAGGUAUAUUAGAGAACAAAUAUAUGUUUAGGAAUAAAUCUCAACAAAUUCAUUUGCUGA